UUCACUUGCUAAGUAAAGCUUUGUCUCCAGACUUCGGCGGUUAUAUGGAUUUAAUAUAGCGAGCGGCUGUCUUGUGUCAGGAGGACGGUGGUGGGGCUGUUUUAGAGAAGCCAGUUGACCUUUCGGUGGACGAGCUAGCUGCCUCUGUAGCAAAACAGUAAAGUGACGACGUGUUGUGUGACCAGUUAGCAAUGGUGCAAGGACGGGGGAGCGUCAUCAAACCAGGAGAAAGAAAAGCCUGUGUGUUCAUCUGUCAAACAGAACAUGCCUUCUACUCUGCACUGACCAUUAAAAUGGUCUGACAACUAUCAAAAGUGUGACAGACUUCUUACAACCUCCACAAAACAUGGACAACUCUCCUCACUUGUACAUCUCUGAAUUUGGAGACAAUGAGGACAUGGAAGAGGACGAGGAGGACGUUCAUCAAGAGGAAACCAACAUGGAAUCAGACAUGAUUCAGUCCCCAGAUCUUCAUAAACAUCCUAACCAGGAUACUGAGAGAGACUGGAACUCGUUUCCCUGUCCACACUGUGAGAGACAUUUUACCAGCAAACAAGGCUUGGAACGACACAUGCACAUCCAUACUUUGGUGAACAACGAUGCACCUACAUACAAAAGCAAUAAGAACAACACGUCUUUUGGUUCAAAUCUGGAUCAGUUGCAGCAUGAGAAGAAGAAGCCUCUGGAUUCAGGAGGCUCAGUCACGCAGCUUCAUACUUCAUCCCCCGCUGGGUCUAAUACUUCCGUUUUGUCGGCUGGUGACCACUCUGCUCAGCCAGACAAAUUGAGAGUGUUAGAGGGGCAUAAUGCUUGCAAGUACUGUGAAAAGAUAUUCACCACACAUACCAACAAGCGACGACAUGAGCGGAGGGUCCAUGAGCAGCAACUUCAAGUCACACAUGUGGAAAAAACCCUGCUGCCCCAAGAGGAAUAUCUUCAGAGGGUAGUCAUUGAAACAUCACAACAGGAAACAGAUUUUGGUGACAAUACAGCACCUGCAGCUGUUGGGGAGAAUGAAGCUGAACCCACUGAACAAUACAUGCUAGAUGUCUCUAGCAAUAUCUCAGAGAAUCUCAGCUUUUAUAUUGAUGGAAAGAUAGUGUCAACAAGUACAGUCAGUAGCUGUGAAGCAGCUGAAGUUCAUUCUGGGUCUUCGACUUUAGUUGGACUGGAUGCCCUGAUUCUAGACCCAGCCCAAAUUAGCCAGGUUUUAAACACAGAUUCAGUAUCAGGCAAAGAGCUACCUGGUCAACCACAGGCCAAGAGAAGAACUGCAACACCACCUCUUUUACCACAAAUUAAAACUGAACUGGAGUCUGAGGUGGUCGUGUCUUCUUCCUCGUCUUCACUUGUAUCUUCUUUAAUAGAGAAUCUACUCCCUCAGAAUACAGAGUCUACAGUUGUGCAGAAGGAAAGAACUGUGUUUCUGUCCCCAAAGCUGAAGCAGCUUCUGGAAAAGCAGGAUGGCCUUAAACCGACACUCGCCCUCAUUGCAGAUGGCCAGAAGCCUUGUUCACCUGUUUCCCUCUCUGUCCUGCCUGCUGGAACAGGAAGGUUCAAAAGAAGGACUGGGUCUCCACCAAGCUCUCCGCAGCAAAACCCAACAGAGGACACACCAGAUGCUGGAGAGUGCGAUGCUGUAACUACAGGGCAGAUGGAGACCCAACAUAGUUCACCUGUGCAGCAAACAGCCAGUAUGGAAGAUGACACACCUCCACCUGUGGAAGAGCCAGAUGCAAAACCUAUCCUGACAGAGAGCUGGCCCCCCACGACUGGCGGUAAUUCCUGUAACCAGCAACCACUGGAUCUCUCUAAUACAUUCAAAAGAAAUGACAGUGUAGCUUUAGGUGAUGCUGCGCUAGAUUUGAGUUUGCAAAAAAAGACCCUAGGUGAAUCUGAACUGACAUUAAAUUUAGUUUCAGAGGCAGUUUUGAAAGAAGGAAAAUCAAAUACAUGCAUGGUAGAGACAGCCAUAAUGAAUAUUGGAGAGCAAAAUUUAAGCCUAGGGAAUCCUGACACCCCUUUAGUUACAGACUUCACCAUACUUACAGGUCCAGAAAUGGUGACCCCAAUUGAGCCUAUGGCAGAAGGACUUGUUUAUGGACUUGCACUUCCCUCCAACUCUCUGACUCCAUCACCUGCCUCCCUUACCCCUGUCGCCUUGCAGCCAGCUUCGCCAUGCACUAUAGCAUUUGCUACCCCAGCCUCACACACAGUGCUCCCCACUGCUCCCUCAUUAAUCACAGUUUUGGCACCACAACCUAUUUCUAACACGUCAAGCCAACCACUCCAGGUAUUAGCCCCAAAUAUAUCUCCUGAGCCCCUGGUAAUCUGCACAGAAAAUGCAUUAAAUUUUUCAGAGUGUGAUUUAACUACUGCAUUUGCCACCACAAAUUCUGCAAACCCUGUCACUCUCUCCCAAUCCCUUGACCCAACUCUAAAUCUAUCCGGCCAUGUGUUCCUCUCUGAUCAAAUAGCUCUCAACCCACCUAUAGUUGAGUCCACCCCUAUGUCGGAAGUGCCAUUUACACCCACUGUAACGUUAAAUGACUCCCUCAUAAACUCUUACAACAUAACUAGUAACACAGUAUUGAUAGAGUGCACCAUAGCUCUUGAAGCCCCAGGAAGUGUAGUCCCUGCUGCAGUUACCUUGCAAGAAAACACUGCCGAGCCUCCAGCACCUACACAGAUGGUUGUUAAUCACAUAGAACAGCAACAGAUUGUAUCAGUGCCCAACCCUCAAACUGUGGAUCCCACUAUUGUUAUGUCCUCCAUUGCAGAAUCAGUAACUCUUUCCACCGCCACCACCUCAGUGAUAUCUGAUUGUCCUCCAGUGGGUGAUUCAAGUCCUGACCCAGAGCCUGUUGUUCAUGCGAAGCCGCCACCCAUAAAGGAGGAGGAAUCUGUGGACAGUGCUGUUUCCAUACCUGAAAUCUCAUCUAAAACCCCACCUCCCUCUGAGAAAGCUGAAGAGGAUGAAACCUCAAACAACACACCAAGCGAUGCACAACAGCAGACUUUCACCAAGAAUUUCAUCUGCAACGUGUGCGAUAAGCUUUUCCAUUCAAUGAAAGAACUGGGCCAUCAUGUAGGUGACCACGCUGACGAAUGGCCCUACAAAUGUGAGUUCUGCCUGCUGCUCUUUAGCAAAACCUCUGCUUUGCUUGAUCAUCGAUCAAACCUCCACGGUGUUGGCAAGACUUAUGUCUGCAGUGCAUGUACAAAAGAAUUUGUCUACCUUUGUAAUCUCAAACAGCAUCAGGAAGAAUUACAUCCUGGCCAGCAGUGUACAUACACAGAAGAAGAAAAGGGAAAACUAAGACCUCAGAACUACAACAACACAACAAAAGUCAACACGGAGCCGUCAGUGCCCGAUGCUGUAGAGGAGCCCAAGAAACUGGUGAAAAAGGAAGAAGGUGAAGUAGAUGUGGCUGCUGAAGAACUGUUUACAACAAUAAAAAUCAUGGCCUCAGAUGGAGCCAAAAUCAAAGGGCCUGAUGUUCGUCUUGGCAUUAACCAACAUUAUCCCAGCUUUAAGCCCCCACCAUUUCCUUACCAUAACAGAUCACCCGCUGGCUCACUGGCUUCAGCCACAAACUUCACCACCCACAACAUCCCACAAACGUUUAGUACGGCUAUUCGGUGUACCAAGUGUGGAAAGAGCUUUGAUAACAUGCCAGAGUUACACAAGCACAUCCUGGCUUGUGCAAAUGCCAGUGAUAAAAGGCGAUACACACCCAAAAAGAAUCCCAUCCCACUGCGCCACUUUGCAAAAACUCAGAACGGGGUCCUUUCCACCACUAAUUCUACUAACGGACUAAAUGCUUCUAACAGAUCGAGCCACUCGAACAGGUCCAAAGCUAACCAUGAUCCAGCAGUAAAUGUGAAGUUCAAAGUGCUGAACAAAAGGAAGAAGAAGAUGGUCCAAAGGGUCAUGCCACAGAGGAACAAGUCGAGUAAAAUGUCACCUGCACAGGUGGAUGAGCAGCAGGAGAUCUUUGUCUGCCCACACUGCAGCAGGGAGUUCACAAUGCGUCGCAGCAGAACCAAACACAUGGCGGUCUGCCCCAAGAAACCGAAAGAAGUGAAGAAAAGGAAAGAAGGAGGAAUCUCUGUGACAAAGGAAAAUGAUGGACACCUGCAUAGAGGGGUUGAAGAGAAACAAGCUUCACCUCCGCAUAAAACAAGACUCCAGACUUCUGGCACCGCUAAAAGGCCGGCCGUCCUCCCAGUGCAAACUGUCUUCUCAAACAAAAGAAGUAAAAUAAUCAUAAAAGAGAGCACACAGCCAAAACAAGAGGCACCCACUCUGAAUGAACUUCCCAUCGUUCGCACUUUCAACCCUUCUAUGCGUCAGUAUAGCAGAAUGCAGCAUAGCGUCAAAGGACUCCCCAUUAAAAUCACCAUAGUGAAACCACAACAGGCCGCACCACCGAGGGACGAGCUGCCUCCCACCCAGAGCCGAGAGGAAACAACCGCAGCCGUCACCAGCAGCUCCGAGCAGAGUCCUACAGCCUGAAGACUACCCAGCAGCCCACAGGGGAUCGUCAGGACCCUGCUGUGUGGAGCUCCUCAUUCUUGUUUGUGCAAAGCGAUACUAAUGGGAGAGAACUGCUCAUCGCACUGUAAACCCCAUGGACCCAGAUUGCAUCAUACUGUACAGUAAAUAACUGAAUUGAGGACAGAUAAAACAGGCGACUAACAAUACUGAAGUGAGUGGAUGUAUUUAACUGAGUAUUUUAAUGCUUUUGUAGUAGCUUGGAGUUUUGUAGAUUUUUUCCUUCAUUUCACAAACACUCUGUCAGCGGCUUGGAUUUGCACUUUGAAGUUAAUCUGACUGCUACAUGUCACAAAUUGGAAGGGAAGUGGGAGGAAUUGAGCUGGAAGGCUGCUCUCAUUUCCUACUUGGUGGGUUAUUUCCAGAGGUUGGCAGGUGGCAAUCAUUCUCAGCAUGCAUUUGCACUUUUCCUUAUCUGUUGUCUGUGGCCUUUCGGUUUAAACUCUUACUGCAUGCUGUCAGCUUGUACUGCAGCUAAUUAAUUAAUUUAUUAGGAUGGAUCAUGUUGAUGCAAUUGGGCCUUAAACACUGAAUCUGAUGUUGCUCUGUUGGUCUGAUUGAUAUCAACCAGUGUAGUUACAUGAAAGACACAUCCAGAUUACUUCUGAACACAAGACUAAAGAAUCAUGGAGAACUAACACUCUAUAGCACAGUGUAACAAUGACCAUUAGGUAAUUCUUGUUGAAGAUAUCAGCACUGUUGGUUACUAUUAGGAAAGGCAAUGUUAUUAUUAGUGUGAAUGUAACAUUGGUAGAUUUAAUGCUACAGCCUUUGCAAAUCAAAAUUGUGUAUAACCUGGUUGUCCCAGUUGCAAUGUAUUUGUAUGAAAGUUUUGAGAAUAAUUCUCUUUACGUGCCAUCAAAUGUAUAUGAUAUGACAGAAUGUGGCAUAAAGACUAAACAUAGUUUGGUGUUUUCCACAUAUGGAAUUUAUUUUGGUGGCCCACCCAAAUAGAUUAGUUUGUCUCUUCAAAGUCUGUAAAGGCCUUUGCACACUGAGUCAUUUUUUUUUUUUUUUUUGGUCUGAAAUUGUUGCACGUCUAAAAAGAGUCCUAUUAAAAUUUUGGGUCCGUCAGAGGCCUUUAGAGAGCUCUUUCACCAAGAAUCAGAGAAAAUAUGUGGCAGUGGGACACAGCCGCGACAAGACAGAGGACCGGGGCACACAGAGUCAUUUCAUAACUCUGAUAGCUCACUUUCAAUAGGUCAGAUAGUAAUAUUCAGAGGGAUGAUAAUUAAGAAGAGGAGGACCGUGCACACAAUGUGGAGGACAGAGAGGGAGGACAGCUCCGCCCCUUCAUGCAACUUGCGGUGCCAAAUGAAAGACAGAGGUGUCAGCCAGAUAGGUAACUCCAGUGGAGAGAGGCAAAGGAAGAAAUGUGUCUUUUAAUUUUGUCAGUGUGCAAGAUUUCUUUCUAUAGCGAUUUUUUUUUUUUUGGAUUAAACAAACACAUCCGAAAAAAAACAGACUCAGUGUGUAAAGGCCUUAAGUCUGUGUGGAACUGCAGAUGACCAAAAAACAAUGCAUUGAUGUGCUAUCACAUUUCAUAAAAGGGCUUACUAAUCUUAUAUGUUGAUUUUGGAGUUUAUAGGCCACUACAAAUAAAUUCGUGCGGAAACAGUUUGCGGGAAACAGUUUGACGUAUUGGCAGCGCAAUGCCAAACAGAAGUACUACAUAAUCUGUGCAGCUUGGAUGCAUCAUCGCCACUUUUACAAUAAUAAGAUUUAAAUUCUGAACAGCGUUGACAGAGCCAACUCCAGUGCUUGGCCUCACUGCAUUACUUCUGAAAUCCUCAAAUAUUUACAGUAGUCUAGUUUGCUUGCAGGCUUUAUUUUGCACCCGUUUCACAAACUGCAUGUCAGAAAACAUGCUUUGUGUGGUUUUUUUUUCUCCCCAUUCAACAACUAUAAGUCUUUAUAUUAGCAAAACAGUCUGUUAAGGUCUUUAUCAUCUGUAACAUACAAGCAUUGCAUCGUUGCUUAUAAUCUAUUGUUAAUAGUUUGUGUGAAGUGUGUAUAAUGAAGUCCAACAUGUAUAAAUCACAAAAUGGGAAGUGUAACAUCAGUAACAGGGUCAUUUUUGCUGGAACCCUGUAGUGACUUAUAGAAAGGUUUGUGGCAAGUUGUCACUAAUCUCAAGAGUGAGUGUAAUGAACUGUAUCUGUUUAAUUUACAUUUUUAUAAGCUACUAAUUUGAAGAUCCAGUGAUAAACAGGGUAAUUAUUUCAUUAUGAUUGAGUUGUAUUAAUUUGAGCAGAACUAAAACUUGACAAUGGCCUGUAUCUGAGAAAGAGAGAGUGUAAUGGUACCUCUAUUUUACAUUUUUGCCUUUUCAACCCUCGCUGGUAAUAUCUCCUCCAUUCAGACGUGUGUUGGAUGUACAGGACGGUUUGGGAGACUGUUAUUUAACUGUGAAAAGUGCUUGUAGCAUUUCGAAGUGUAAAUUGAGUCAUGUAUAUUUAUUAAUAAUUUAAAAUCAUGUUAUCAAUAUCUCAACAGUUUCUCUCUGUAUGAUUUGCACUAAAGUUUUUUCAAGCGAGUGUUCAAAAUAAAUGGAGAAUGUUAAGAUGA